GAAUAUGUGUUUUUUAUAAUCAAAGCUUUUAUUUGCUGUAAAAAAAAUUGUACUCCAUAGUUUUUUAUUUUAGGCACAAAAUUGCUUUGGACACAACCGAAUAACUGCUAAAAUCAAAAUUUUAGGAGAAGAAAAGUGGUAGUAGUACUAUCAGCUACAAGUCUACAACACAGUUCAGUAGAGCUCGAAUGGGACACGGGAACUCAAAACCGGGCUCCGACGACUCUUCCUCCAACAGCGCCACCAGGUCGUCCCGCGCUGCAAAAUUCCGCCAACGCCUCCACCUUCAUCGCCACCACUUCCGCCACAGCCGUAAAGGCUCCUCUUCCGAUUCUGGUUCUCACCUCUCUAAACUCCUCAAGGAAGAUGAUUUCGCCGGCAUCGCUUGUCUCCGUCUCGUUAACGCGGAGAUGAAAUUCAAGGACAAAUGGCUUGCUUGUAUUUCACUUGGUCUGCAAACUUUCCGCACUCAUAUAUCUGACCAAACUGACAAGCCUACAUGGAACUCGGAGAGGAAACUUCUUUUAGAGAGAAAUGGGGCACAUAUUGCCAGAAUCUCUGUGUUCGAGACGAACAAGUUAUCCAAGAACAAUUUGGUUGGUUAUUGCGAGGUUGAUCUGCUUGAAUACCUUUCCCAGGACUCUGAUUCUGAUGUUGAGGUCUUGGACUUAUGGGACCCAUCGACCCCAUCUGUUGUUGUUGGCUCUAUAUCUAUUUCAUGCUCUAUUGAGGAUCCAGUUGAUACAGAGAAAAGUUUUACAAAGCGCAUCUUGUCUAUAGUGGACUAUAAUGACGAUGGUGAGCUUUCAUUGAAGGAGUUUUCUGAUUUAAUUGAUGCGUUUGGUAAUCAAUUGGCUGCUGAAAAGAAAGAAGAGCUAUUCAGACAGGCUGAUAAAAAUGGAGAUGGUGUUGUCAACCUGGAUGAGUUGGCUAUGCUUUUGACUGCACAUCAAGAAAAGGAGCCACUGAUUAACUGCUGCCCCGUUUGCGGCGAAGUUCUGGAAAUACCUGAUAUGUUGAAUAGUAUGAUUCAUUUGUCACUGUGCUUUGACGAAGGAACUGGAAAUCAAAUUAUGACGGGAGGGUUUCUCACUGAUAAGCAGGCUUCCAGUGGAUGGAUGUUCAAACUGACUGAAUGGGUACAUUUCUCAACAUAUGAGGUUGGUUUGAGGUCUGGUUCCAGUGCAUCACAUAUACUGGUGUAUGAUCGAAGAAUGAAGAGGCUAGUGGAGGAGAUAAUAGAUGGAAAGAUUGUUUUGUCAAUGAGAGCCAUUUAUCAAUCUAAAUUUGGGCUUGGUCUAAUGGAUAAUGGGGCAAAAGAAAUCCUGCAGAGCCUCUCUGAAAAGCAAGGCAAAAAAAUGGAUGCCCUUGAUUCAGCUAAAGAUAUACCAAAAUUUCUUGAACUGUUUAAGGAUCAAAUCAACAUGAAUGAGGUCAAGUACCCACUGGAGCAUUUUAAGACAUUCAAUGAGUUUUUUAUAAGAGAAUUGAAGCCUGGGGCACGACCAAUUUCCUGCUUAGAGUGCAGAGAUAUCGCUGUUUGUGCAGCUGAUAGCCGCCUUAUGGCAUUCAACAAUGUUACUGAUGGCGCAAGAUUUUGGAUUAAGGGCCGAAAAUUUUCCAUCCAAGGGCUUUUAGGGAAUGAAGCGUGCUCCAAUGAAUUUAUUGAUGGAAGUUUGGUGAUAUUUAGGUUGGCACCACAGGAUUACCAUCGUUUCCAUUUUCCAGUCUCUGGUACUAUUGAGAAAUUUAUAAGUAUACCUGGAUGCUUAUAUACAGUGAAUCCUAUUGCUGUCAACAGCAAGUAUUGUAAUGUUUUCACAGAGAACAAGAGAGUUGUAUCAAUAAUAUCAACACAGGACUUUGGAAAGGUGGCCUUUGUUGCAAUUGGAGCAACAAUGGUCGGCAGCAUCACUUUUUCCAAGAAGGAGCAUGACUAUGUUCGCAAGGGAGACGAGUUUGGAUAUUUCUCCUUUGGUGGAAGCACAGUGAUUUGUGUCUUUGAGAAGGGGUCAAUAAAGAUAGAUGAGGACCUCUUGGAAAAUAGCGCGCGAUCACUUGAGACAUUAGUUUUGGUUGGAAUGCAGUUGGGCGUAUCCAUAAAGAAACACGCUGGUGUCCGGUCAAAACUCAAAAAUCUUUCUAUAGAAACAUGACCGAGUUUGCUUUCUAUGAUUAUUUAUUUCACUUGGAGGAACAAACACGAGAAUGUGUGGGAUUUCGUUUCCUUAAUCACGCUUCAGGUGAAUAUCAUUCUGACGCCUAAUUAAUCUUAUUGUUUAUGCAUACAUCCUUGUAUGUGCUUUAACGUUCUU